CGCGCCCGGAUGAUGGUGGCGGCCCUGCGCGGGGGAGGGGGUAGCUCCUACGAGCUCCUCCCUCCGCUCAGCCAGAAGAAAUGCAGUCCUGAAGAAAGUGCUUCCUUCUUCAGUAAGAUAACAUAUUCCUGGUACAGCAGAAUAAUAACUUUAGGCUACAAGAAACCAUUGGAAAGAGAGGACCUGUUUGAAUUGAAUGAAAGUGACUCUCCGUAUACUGUAUGUCCUAACUUUGAAAAGCAUUGGAGGAAGGAACUCUUAAAGGCAACAAAAGGAUUAAAGGCUCCUUGUGACAAAGGGGUGAUAUCAGAGAAAGGAAGUUUCCAGAAACCAUCUCUGCUUUAUCCCCUAUGGCAAACAUUUAGAUUUUUAUUGAUUAAAGUUGCCGUUCUGAAAGUUGCAGCUGAUAUUCUGGCCUUCAUGAGUCCACAGAUAAUGAAGGAAAUGAUAACUUUGUUUGAAAAUCACUCUGAUUUACACUGGAAGGGAUAUGGCUAUGCCAUUGCUCUUCUUGUCGUGGUUGUCUUGCAGACACUUGUCCAUCAGUUAUACCAGCGUUUCAAUAUGCUCACCGCUGUCAAAAUUAAGACUGCUGCUGUUGGCCUGAUAUACAAAAAGGCUUUAAGCUUAGCUAAUUCUUCACGGAGAAAAUAUACAACUGGUGAAAUUGUUAAUUUGAUGUCAGCAGAUGCCCAACAACUUAUGGAACUGACCAUAAACCUCAACCUUCUAUGGUCAGCGCCUUUUCAGAUCCUGAUGGCUAUAGUCUUUCUCUGGCAAGAACUGGGCCCAUCAGUGCUAGCAGGUGUUGCAGUGCUCGUUUUGGUUAUACCUAUAAAUGCUUUUGUUGCUGCAAAAGUAAAACAGCUGAGGAAAAGCCAAAUGAAGAAUACAGAUCAACGAGUUAAGCUACUAAAUGAAAUCUUGCAUGGAAUAAAGAUUCUUAAACUUUAUGCAUGGGAACCUUCAUAUCAGAAGAAGGUUGUGGAAAUUCGAGAACAUGAAAUAGAUGUUCUGAAGUCAUCUGGGUACCUGACAACUUUCUCCAUGCUAACUUUAGCCUGUAUUCCUUUUAUGGUCUCGUUGGCUACAUUUGGAGUCUAUUUUCUGCUGGAUGAAGAGAAUGUCCUAACUGCAACUAAAGUUUUUACAUCUAUCUCUUUGUUUAAUAUUUUGCGACUGCCUUUGUUUGAUUUGCCAACAGUGAUCUCUGCCAUAGCCCAGACAAAGGUUUCUCUGAGUCGUUUAGAGGAUUUUCUAUAUUCUGAAGACCUUGACCCUCAAGACAUUGACACAAACUACAGUGGAAAUCAUGCUGUGGGAUUUAUUGGUGCUUCUUUCCGAUGGGAGAAGACUGGACCUUCAAUCUUAAAUAAUUUGAACAUGAAGAUCCCGGAAGGCUCUUUAGUUGCUGUUGUGGGGCAGGUUGGAUCUGGAAAAUCAUCUCUCCUUUCUGCUAUUCUUGGAGAAAUGAACAAGUUUGAAGGAACAGUCCAAAGAAAAGGUUCAGUGGCUUAUGUUUCCCAGCAGGCCUGGAUUCAGAAUUCCAUUUUGCAAGAAAAUAUUCUCUUUGGCUCAGGUCUGAACAGGCCGUAUUAUGAGAGGGUUUUGGAAGCCUGCGCUCUACCACCAGAUUUGGAGCAGUUACCAAAUGGGGAUCAAACAGAGAUUGGAGAAAGGGGAGUGAAUAUAAGUGUGGGGCAGAAGCAGAGGGUGAAUCUGGCUAGGGCUGUUUACAGUAAUGCUGACCUGUAUCUUCUGGAUGACCCCUUGUCUGCUGUAGAUGUACAUGUCGGAAAGCAUCUUUUCGAGAAGCUGAUUGGGCCCUCAGGGCUCUUAAAAAACAAGACGCGUAUUUUAGUGACCCAUAACCUGACACUCCUGCCUCAGACAGAUGUUAUAAUUGUAAUGGAAGAUGGCAGGAUAGCGCAUAUGGGGACCUACCAAGAGCUGCUCUCAGAAAGAGCUAACUUUGCUGAACUGCUUCAAGUCUUCAGUGCAGAAAAUAAAAGUGAAGAGACAUCUCAAAUGAAAAUGUCUUCUUUGAAGAAAGAGAGUCAAAAAGGCAAUACUCUGCCUCAAAAAGAGCUCCUGAGGCAUAAAGACAGUUCUUCCUUUGAACAAACCAAAGCAUUCUCAAUGAAGAAAGAGAAUGUUGCUACUGGCAGCAUGACAAUGUCAGUUAUUUUGAAAUACCUGCAAGCAUUUGGCUGGCUAUGGGUAUGGCUAACCCUAGCAGCUUAUUUAGGACAAAAUGCAAUAGCUGUAGGACAAAAUCUGUGGCUUAGCACCUGGUCAGCAGAAGAAGAAAAAAAUAAGGAUUACACAGAGUGGAAACACUUAAGAAACAAUAAACUUGGUUUCUAUGGGUUUUUGGGAUUCAUACAAGGUCUUCUGGUCUGCUGUGGUGCAUAUGUGGUUACUCGGGGAUCCCUCUGUGCUUCUCGGACAUUGCAUAAUCACAUGUUAGCCAACGUGCUGCACCUUCCCCUCCAGUACUUUGAAACUAAUCCAGUAGGUCAGAUCAUCAAUAGGUUCACAAAGGACAUGUUUAUCGUUGAUCUGCGCUUCCAUUACUACUUACGGACCUGGUUAAACUGUACACUAGAUGUUAUUGGAACCAUUCUAGUAAUCAUGUCUGUUUCACCUCUCUUCAUACUGGUAGUUAUUCUCCUUGGAUACCUGUAUUUUAUUAUCCAACGAUACUACAUAGCUAGUUCACGACAAAUCCGACGAUUAGCUGGAGCAUCACACUCUCCUGUGAUCUCCCACUUCAGUGAAACUCUCUUAGGACUGUCUACAAUCCGAGCAUUUGGACACCAAGAAAGAUUCAUUAGACAAAACAAAGAUGUGGUGAAUGAGAACUUGGUUUGCUUCUACAACAAUGUUAUUGCAAACAGGUGGUUGGCUGUCAGGCUUGAGUUUCUAGGAAACCUGAUGGUUUUCUUUGCUGCCUUGUUUGCAGUGCUGGCUGGAAAUACAGUGAAUUCCUCUACAGUGGGUUUAUCCAUAUCAUAUGCACUGAAUAUAACGCAAAGUUUGAAUUUUUGGGUGCGUAAAGCAUGUGAAAUUGAAACUAAUGGAGUUUCCAUUGAAAGAGUCUGUGAAUAUGAAAAAAUGGACAAAGAGGCCCCCUGGAUAAUGUCUAAAAGGCCCCCGAUGGGAUGGCCCAAUAAAGGGAUAAUAGAGUUCAUUAAUUACCAAGCUCGGUAUAGAACAGAUCUUGAUUUGGCCUUACAGGAUGUCUCCUUCCAAACGCAUAGUAAAGAGAAGGUUGGAAUCGUAGGAAGAACAGGAGCUGGUAAAUCAACACUCACGAAUUGCUUGUUUAGAAUUAUAGAAAGAGCUGGAGGAAAAAUAAUUAUAGAUGGAAUUGAUAUAUCAACUAUUGGACUACAUGAUCUACGUGGCAAUCUUAACAUUAUUCCACAGGACCCUGUCUUAUUCUCUGGGACCCUCCAAUCUAACUUGGAUCCCUUUGGAAAAUAUUCUGAUCAGGAGCUGUGGGAGGCAGUGGAGUUGUGUGACUUAAAGAAUUUUGUCCAGUCACUCCCAAAGAAACUCCUUCAUGAGAUAUCAGAAGGUGGUGAAAACCUCAGUGUUGGGCAGAGGCAGCUUGUGUGUCUUGCCCGGGCUUUGCUACGGAAGACAAAAAUUCUGAUCUUAGAUGAGGCCACAGCCUCUGUUGACAUGGAAACCGAUAACCUAGUGCAGUCCACCAUCCGGAGGGAGUUUCACAACUGCACAGUAUUAACUAUAGCCCACAGGUUGCAUACUAUCAUGGAUUCUGAAAGAGUGCUUGUUCUGGGAUCUGGAAGAAUUAUAGAAUUUGAUACCCCCCAUAAUUUAUUACUUCAGCAAGGAGUUUUUUCAAAAAUGGUUUCUGAGGCUGGAAUAACACAAAAUACAAAUAACCCAAAAAUGCUGUUUUUUCUGAACUUGAAUGCAGGAAAUGCUCCAGGGAUGUGUGGUUAAUUGUAUCCUUGUCAUUAUAAAAUGAUCACCCAGUUUCGGGGAAUUGGGUAGUUUUAACACUACAAACUUCUUACAUGUGGUAGGAUAAAAGCUGAUGGUUGCUACUGUUAUGUUCUGUAUUGCACACUCUUCAAUCUUCUUUAAAAUAUUUUAU